AUGGCUCGAUCGGUAUUUGGACCCCGAUGCAGCUGCCGCAGGAUGGCUUGCAGCUUGGUGUGCUGUUUUCUUAUCUUCCAGAUAUAUUCGUUUGUAUUUCAAGUUUAUGUCAAUGUAGGGAACAUAAAGCGGACUAUGCUCCCGGAAUUCCAUCCUCUCCUCCAUGAACUGGUGAAGCCGGAGCAAUUGAUCCUUCUCCCACCGUAUGGACUAAAAGAUUGGCAAAAGGUCAACCUGUUUGAUGAAUUCCUCAAUCAAUCAUCGUUACUCAGGAACAUAUUCUUCCCUAGUCGAGCAUUUCUUGUAGAUCCUAUAGAUCCAAGAAAGGAUCUGGACAACGGUAGCUUGUACUAUUAUCCAGGGCGCGAAUGGUUGGAUACUGAUGGAAAUCCUAUUCAUGCUCAUGGGGGUGGUAUUUUGUAUGAUGAGAUAUCAAGGACUUAUUAUUGGUAUGGUGAGUAUAAGAACGGUCCUACUUAUCGAGCUGGAGGAAUAGGUACAGCACGUGUUGACAUUAUCGGUGUAGGUUGUUACUCUUCGAAGGACCUGUGGACGUGGAAAAACGAAGGGAUUGUGUUAGCCGGGGAGGAAAAGAAUUCGACACAUGAUCUCUACAAGUUGAAUGUGCUGGAGAGGCCUAAAGUGAUUUACAAUGAGAAGACAGGUAUUUAUGUAAUGUGGAUGCAUAUUGAUGAUGCCACAUACACCAAAGCCUCCGUCGGGAUAGCCAUUAGCAACUCCCCUACUGGCCCCUUUGAAUAUCGUUAUAGCUUAAGGCCUCACGGAUUCGAUAGCCGGGACAUGACAAUUUUCAAAGACGACGACGGGGUAGCAUAUCUGAUAUAUUCUUCUGUUCGGAAUAAGGAACUUCAUAUUGGUCCGCUUAGUGAAGAUUAUCUUGAUGUGACAAAUGUCAUGGCUAAGACACUUGUUGGACAGCACCGGGAAGCCCCGGCUUUGUUCAAGCAUAAGGGGGUUUACUACAUGGUCACAUCAGGAUGCAGUGGUUGGACACCAAAUGAGGCACUAGUGCACAGGGCAAAAUCUAUUUUGGGGCCGUGGGAGACCAUACGGAACCCGUGCAUUGGAGCCAGUGCAGUUUUUCGGAUUGCUACGUUUUUUGCUCAAAGUACAUUCGUGCUUCCGAUGCCUGGGGAGAUUCCGGGUUCAUUUAUUUUCAUGGCAGAUAGGUGGAAUCCAUCUGAUUUGAGUAACUCAAGGUAUGUAUGGCUGCCUUUAACUGUUAGAGCAACAGAGGAGUGGUAUAAUGGGUUUCCAUCAAAGACAAGAGUGUCUAUCUUUUGGCAUGAAAAAUGGAGGCUUCCACUUAGCCCGAAAGAGGGUCUGUAA